AUCACAUAAACAUUCACUAAAACACUAGCAUUUUAGCUUUGAAUUCUUCCUUGUUCAGCUUCAAACUCUUUCACUACAAUGGCAUCAGUUGAGGUUGAAUCAGUUCCAGUGGCAGAGAUCGUUGCUCCGGUUGAGGCACCGGUGAAAGUGGAGGAGUCUCCUGCAGAGGUGGCGGAAGAAGUAGCAACUGAGGAAACUGCAGCUGCUGAAGCCGAGCCUGAGAAAGAAGCCGCUGCAGAGGAGGAGCCAGCCGUUGAAGCUGCUCCAGCUGAGGCCGAGCCUAAGAAAGAAGCCGCAGCAGUGGAGGAGCCAGCUGUUGAAGCUGCUCCAGCUGAGGCCGAGCCUGAGAAAGAAGCCGCAGCAGUGGAGGAGCCAGCCGUUGAAGCUGCUCCAGCUGAGGCCGAGCCUGAGAAAGAAGCCGCAGCAGUGGAGGAGCCAGCCGUUGAAGCUGCUCCAGCUGAAGCCGAUCCAGAGAAAGAAGCCGCGGCGGUGGAGGAGCCAGCUGAAGAAGCCGUUCCAGAGAAAGAGCCAUUGGCUGUUGAGGAAGCCGUUAAGGAAGAGGAUGCAGCUCCCGUCGCAGCCGAAGAGGCUGCUCCAGCUGAAGCCGCCAAGGAGGAGAAGGAAGCUGAAGUUGGAGUUGCGAAAGCUGAGGAGUGAAAGAGCAGCUAAAUAUAUAAUGCUAUGUGACAAUGGUGGCAGUAUUUGAAAAUUUUAUCAUGGUUUUUGAUGGAUGGUGUUGAGUUUUGACAUUUAAUUUCAAUUUUUAUUAGUACUAGCACUACCAUUAAAGUUUCAAUUAAUAAACAAAUCUAUGUUAUCUAUUUUUAA